GCCAGGGCCACUUAUUACUGACAGGCUCAAAAUCCAAUGAGGGGAGCGGGUGAUGAUUUAACUGUCCAAUGGGUGACAGGUGGGCGGGGUUCAUUUCCGCGGCAGGUUCCAAGAUGGCGGCGGGUGUGUGAGCACGGCGGUUAGUCGGGGAAUCCGUCCCGGAGGUGCCUGCCGCCAUGAAGGGCAAGGAGCGCUCCCCGGCCAAGGCCAAACGGUCCCGGGGCGGCGGCGAGGACUCGGCCUCCUCCUCUUCGGCCCGGGCCGAGCGGAGCAGCAAGAAGCCCGGCGGCUCCGGCGCGGGCGGCAGCAACGGGGGGAAAGCGGCGGGCGGCUCCGGCGAGAGCAGCAGCCGGCGGGGCCUGCACCUGGACAAGGCGAGCCGGGGCGGGAGCCGCGAGUACGAGUCGGGGGCGGCGGCCAGCUCCGGCCGCCACGGCUACAGCAGCAGCAGCAGCAAGAACGCGGAGUCGUCCCGGAGCAGCGGCAGCCGGGGCGGCGGGGGUGAGUCCCGGGCGCCGCCGGCCCCCUCCUCCUCGUCGGAGUCGGCCGGGGCGGGAGGAGGCGGCGGGAGCGGCGAGUACAAGACGCUGAAGAUCAGCGAGCUGGGCUCGGCGCUGAGCGACGAGGCGGUGGAGGACGGGCUUUUCCACGAGUUCAAGCGCUUCGGGGACGUCAGCGUGAAGAUCAGCCGCCUCCCGCCGGGCACGGGCGCCAGCGACGAGCGGGUGGCUUUCGUUAACUUCCGCCGGCCGGAGGACGCCCGCGCCGCCAAGCACGCCCGCGGCCGCCUGGUGCUCUACGACCGGCCGCUCAAGAUCGAAGCGGUCUACGUUGGGGGGAGCAGCCGGCGCCGCAGCAGCCGCUCCCCGGCCCUUCUGGACAAGGAUUCUCAUUCUCCCUACGGGGCCGCGGCCGUGGGCGUGGCGGCUGCAGCGGCCGCAGCUGUCAGGCACCCCCCGGCCGGAGCAACCCAGAGGGCGCUGUCGCCGGCGGGUGGAGGAGGGGGUCUGGGCUACAGAGACUACCGGCUACAGCAACUCGCUCUGGGCCGCCUGCCCCCGCCACCUCCCCUGCCUAGGGAGCUGGAGAGGGAGCGGGACUACGGGGCUUUCUAUGAUACCCGUGUGCGGCCAGCGUAUGGGCUGGAGCGAGUGGCUGGAGUGGCAGCGGCUGGGGGCUUCCGAGGAGGAGGAGGUGGUGCAGGAGUUGCUGGUGAAGAGGAGAUCAGUCCUGAGGAUGAUCAGAGAGCCAACCGCACUUUGUUCUUGGGUAACCUGGACAUCACAGUGAGCGAGUCGGACCUGCGCCGGGCUUUUGACCGCUUUGGGGUCAUCACAGAAGUGGACAUCAAGCGUCCAGGUCGUGGCCAGACCAGCACCUAUGGCUUCCUCAAAUUUGAAAAUCUGGACAUGGCACACCGAGCCAAGCUAGCUAUGUCUGGAAAGGUGCUGCUGCGCAACCCUAUCAAAAUUGGUUAUGGCAAAGCCACUCCUACCACCAGGCUUUGGGUGGGUGGCCUUGGCCCCUGGGUGCCACUGGCUGCCCUGGCAAGGGAGUUUGACCGUUUUGGCACCAUUCGCACUAUUGACUAUCGUAAGGGAGACUCAUGGGCUUACAUUCAGUAUGAGAGCCUGGACGCAGCUCAGGCUGCUUGUGCCCACAUGCGUGGCUUCCCUUUGGGUGGCCCAGACCGCCGCCUCCGAGUGGACUUUGCUGACACUGAGCAUCGCUACCAGCAACCCUACUUGCAACCGCUGACCCUACCACCGCCUGCCCACUAUGAGCUAGUAGCAGAGGCAGCUGCUUUUGGGGCACACCGUGGAGCUCCCCCAGACCCACUUCGGGGGGCACGGGACAGGACACCACCACUGCUCUAUAGAGACCGCGACAGAGAUCUCUAUCCUGAGGCAGACUGGGUGCCACCACCACCUCCUAUACGGGACAGGAGCAAUCGAGCAGCUGCCUAUGACCCACUGGAAAGUUUGGAGCGCCGGCGGGAUGGCUGGUCCCUGGAACGGGACCGAGGAGAGAGGGAGCUGGGUGGCACCAGCAGCAGUAGGGACCAACCCAGGAAGCGAAGAUUGGCAGAGGAUGGUGGCCGGCACUUAGACCGCUCUCCAGAUAGCGAGCGUUCAUCUGUGUCCCGGAAGCGACAUUGUUUAGCCACGGCCUCUCCCCCAGACCGCAGUCCUGACCUUGGUGGGAGCAGGGAGCGCUAUGCUAGUGAAACAGAACGCUUAUCCUCCCGUUUGCUCCUGCUGGAGCGGCCAUCACCUGUUCGGGAACCACGCAGGGGCAGUCUUGAACGAGGUCAGAAUGAAAAGCGUGACCGCAAAAACUCUGCUGAAAGAGAGAGGAAGCACCGCACCUCCACUGCAGCAGCUGCCCAGGAGUGCAAGAGCCCAGCCAAAAAGGAUGAGCGUACCACGGAAGGGGGCAGUGGUGGCGGGUCCCGGCUCAAACCUCCACCCCAGAAGCAGCAGCAGCAAGAUGGAACGUCACAGGCUGGCGGGGCUCCCAAACUAUGCCUGGCUUGGCAGGGAAUGCUCCUGCUGAAGAAUAGCAACUUCCCGUCCAACAUGCACCUGCUUCAGGGGGACCUCAGUGUAGCUAGCAGCCUCCUGGUGGAGGGAGCAACUGGUGGCAAAGUGGCCCAGCUCAAGAUCACCCAGCGUCUCCGCCUGGACCAGCCCAAGCUGGAUGAGGUCACCCGCCGUAUUAAAGUGGCGGGACCCAAUGGUUAUGCCAUCCUCUUGGCUGUGCCUGGCACCUCGGACAACCGCUCCUCAUCUGGGGCCAGUGAUGCUGCCACCACCUCCACACAGAGGCCUCUCAGGAACCUCGUGUCCUAUCUAAAGCAAAAGCAGGCUGCCGGAGUGAUCAGCCUCCCUGUGGGGGGCAACAAAGAUAAGGAGAACAGCGGGGUCCUGCACGCCUUCCCACCCUGUGACUUCUCCCAGCAGUUCCUGGACUCCACGGCCAAGGCCCUGGCCAAAUCAGAGGACGACUAUCUGGUCAUGAUCAUUGUCCGUGGUGCAUCCUAAAGCCCUUGUCUUUUCUGUAUCCAACCCUGCCGGUUUCUCCUCCACACAGCCCCUCCAGUGUGUGCCAGGUGCUAUGGGAUACAGCCUUAGCCAACUCCACAAUUAUUUUUAAUUAGAUCGUUAUUUGUAGACAAUUUUCCCCACCUGUUUUUCUGUAACUACAUUUUUCUAUAGUUAGAAGCCAGGAAGGUUUAGCCUUCUGCCUGAGUAGGAUAUUUUGAGGAUCCCUUAUCAAUGAGGGUAGCAGGGAGGUUAAGCCUGCUUCAACUAAAACUGAAAAUUUCCCUUUUUUUUUUUUAAUUUUAACUUUUUUCAUUUGAUCUUUUUUUUUUUAAAAAGCAGGUUUAUAAACUCCUCUAGAAUUACAAACUUAAAAGACCAGGUGUAAAGCACUAAGUAGUUUAAACAGAAAACCACAUACCAGAUGGUGGACUGGCAUUGACUCAUUUUGAGUCUUUGAAAUUCUGUGAAGGCCUUAGACCAGUAGCCCUAAGUUAAAUAAGUCCUUUAUCAGGCACCUGAAUGGUUUCACUUUGAGUUGACUGACUCAAGGUUGAUUUCUUUUAAGCGACUAGCACCUCAUCUUGUGGUACACUGUAGCUUGAACAUUGAAUUCCUUUGUAGGUAUUAAUUUGAGGAUUUCACUCAGUCCACAGAAAUGCAUGCCCAGAAGGUGUGCUUUUAACAGGUGUGUUCCUCCUGUUAUGAGUUCCAUUGUAUCCCAUGUAUGCACUUUGGGUUUGUAGCAGUAACAACAUUUUGGUAAAUAGGUGAGGACUUUGUUACAAACCUUGAAUGUCUUGUGCUUACUCUAGUAUGCAAGAAACAAGUAGGUGCUUUAAGAACAACUAAUCAUUUGAUGAGGUUUUUUGUUAUUUUUACUGCCUUUUUCAGAGUUGCAGGUAUAGUGGAUUCCACAGUGCAGACUCCAAACAAGUAUACUCUUCAGAGAGGGCUUUUAAUUCUGUGAAAAUUAAACUAUGUAAAGUUUUCAUCACCAUUUUAUCUUUAAUAGAAAGAAACUGCUGUCUGUCUUCUGAGUACUACUUGUUUUAGGUACAAUAGAGUGGGCAUUAUGUGAGGUUUCAUAGUCAUUGGAACUGCAGUGGUUUUUUUAGCAUCUUGGCAGAGUAUUAAAAGUUCUCCAAAAUGUUGAAAAAGCAGUUCACCUUGUUCAACAAACCUAGUUCAUUUUCAUUUAAAUUUUUCUCUGCUUUUCUCCCUUAUCUUGAUAAAACCUAGAAAAAAACAGAAUCAAAACAUUUUAAAGCCCCCACUUUAGCUAGUCCCCAAAUGAAGUGUAAAUAUGAAUAUACUUAUUUACACUUUACAAACCUCUUUGUAGAAACAAGAACAUGAUGUUGAACUUGGGUCUUCUUUUUCCCUAGGUUUAAACUAUGGUUUUUGAAAUGCGGCUGUGUAAAAGUGACACUGACUGACUUACUCAGACCCUGUAGUGUAUUCAUUGUUCACUACUGACUAAAACUAGUUUUUGCUACUCCUUUUUUCUAAACUAAAAUUACAAACCUCAUUUAAUACUCUUAAUGUUCAGUGAAAGUAAAAUCCAGGACUUGUGGAUUGUCUUUCAGCAUGAAUGUAAUAGGCUUAUAGAAGGCAGAAUGCAGCUGUUCGUCUUGCUAUUAACAGUGAGAAUUGUGGUAUUUUUGGAAAUGGCACCAAUUACAUAAGGGAUGAUCCAUAUGUUGUAGGUAAUUUAGCAUAUUCACUACUUGUGACAAAGAAUGUCUGUUUUAUUUAGCAGGUGUCUAUGUUGCAUAUUAUCAUGUAAUUCAUCACAGAUGCCGUGUUGCCCAUUUCAUUGUCCUUUAAGCAUUUGUUGCAUUUACAGUGAGUUUCCUCAUUGUAUUUGAGUUGCAGGAGGAAGUUAGAAUCACUUUAAAGCCCUGGGUUAAUUACUCUUAGUGUUUUAAAGACCACCCAUCCAGCUUUACCACUGGGAAUUAAAAAAUGUAAAAUACUAGCAGUAAACUUAUUUGUAUUCAACAUUUAAACUUGCUAAGAACAGUAUUUUACUGUCAUAUGCAACAGACACCUGUUGGUGGUUUUUUUUUUGUUUUGUUUUUUAAAGAAAAAGAAACCAACCAAACUUGGGGUCAGAGUACACUUAUCAACAAAUCUCUGACAACUAACACCUAAGGAAGUCCUCCUAGGAAAGCGCAUUCUAGAUGCACUUUCAUUUUUCCUUGAAAAUUAAGUAGUCAUGUUCAUUAUCUCUGCCUUCUAUGAGCUUGAGAUGUGCUAUACUGAAAAUUAACAUGGGAUGGACAAGAUUGUACUUCAUACUCCAGGUUUCUUGGUUUCUUAUUUAAUGAGGUAUCUGCUUCUGUUAAAUCUGGUUUAUUUGCGGUUCUGUUUUGCAAACAAGGAUUUGAAAACCCUUUAAGGGUACAUAAAGUCAAAACAAGUGACAGGCAACAUUUUGACACAGCACUUAGCCACAGGCUGCAUCAAUUCUAAUACAGCUCUUUUGACUGUAUUUUCCCUUGCGCUAUAGAAGCGCACAGCAUUGGAGUAACUGUCCACUUAAACCUCCUUUGCCAUAGCUGACUGCUAGCAGAAGUCCAUAUUUAAUGCCACUUCUGUAUAGAGUAAAACAGAUUUAGCAGAGUUACAUUUUCUGGUUAUAUUUGUCAUUAUGUGGCUCUGGUAAGAGCUCAGUAUCUUUUCUAAUGCUGUGUGCAGCUGAUGUUCCUAUAUUUCAUUAGUUACAAUGUACUGAAUUAGCGUGGAAAAGGGAUGUCCCUUUCCUGAAUCAUCAUUUCAUAGUGUGCUUUAUGCUUUGGGGAAAGAACCUCAAGUGACUCAUACUUUUGUUAAUAUUUUAGAUUUUUACGAAUUGCAAACUUUAUACAACUCUCUUGGCUGUUAGCCAAUGGCUUUGUUUGCUUGAAUCUAGUGUACAGUCUGUUUGCUGGCACAGUGGCAUGAAUCUCAAGGCUACCUCAAACUGUUGCAAGGUAUAGACUUCUGUGGUUUAGACAGUGAUGUCACCCUUGCAUGGAUCGCAGAGGGGAGAUGAGGUAUAGGCAACACAGACAAAUAGGUCUUAAGCCUUUUUAAAGAAGGAUGAGUUCUCAGAUGUCCCUUCAACCACCAUUGGCAAGAAGAUAUUUUGGAAGCAGCCUCCUAUGGAGGGCAGAGAAGAGAGAACACAAGUUCCUUGGGUAGCUUAAGGAACCAUCUAGCGGAUGUUAGCUGUGGAGUGUAGGGCCUUGAGUAUUAGUGGGGAAUGGAGGACAAAAUGGUGGGGUGAGAGUCUAAAGACUUCUGAGGUUUUGCGUGAAGGCUUGUGGGGACAUCCUUUCCCAAUUCAGUGUUGACAGCAGUGCUUAUCAGGAGCCUGCUAAGAGCCUACUAUGAAAAGAUACCAGACUUGAAGAAAUCAUUGCCGUGUAACUGGAGGAUUUGGGAUUCUUUCCCCCUGCCUCCCAUUCUUAAUGACUUUCCACAAGUUAAAAACCAAGGACAGCUACUCCAAUGAAUCAUUAAACUUGACAUAAAAGUAGUCUUUGUAUAAGACUUAAGCAAAGCAAACCAUAUUAUUUUGAAAAUGUUAAAUGAAUUUAAUUUCAUGCAGUUCUAAUUGUAUGAAAAUGGUGGAUUAGAAAUACUACUUGAAUAGUAACAUCUUAAGUUUUGUUUAUUAAGUGCAUCCUUGAGUUGACCUCUUGGCUACAGUGCAUCCUGCUAUUGGAAUUAUACAGCAAAAUGAGAAGAUAUCAACAUGUAACACUACAUUUCAUGUUUUUAUUGAGAAGUUGCCUUCAGGAAAUGUCCUUUGAGGAAAAUCAAGUGAAUUAUAAACCGUUCAGUUGGUUUUCCUCAUGGCUGAUUUUUGACAUGUUCUGUUAGCUGUUAGAAACCUGUUGAAUAUCUUCAAUCCUGUAUAUCUUCAAUCCUGUAAACCUAGUUUAACAGCAGUCCAAAAAAACCUGCACUACUUGUUAUGCAUUUAUAUAUAGAAAGUGACUUCAUUUCAAGGUUUUGUGCCGGUGGGUGGUAUUGGUGCUUUUCAAAGUCCAAGUAGAAUACUUAGAAAGGCCUUGUUGUUCUUUAUGUUCAUCUGUAUAGUGUGGGGAGGGGAAAACCUGUUGUUGUUUCAGUACAAAUGUUUACCUUUUCUUUCCUCCUGCAAGCAAAGCUGGUGGACUGCGGAAGAUAAUAUGGGAUUCCAAGCUCUAACGGACCUUUGCGAAGAGAAGUUGUGGCUCAUGUGGAAUUUACAUGGGCCUCUUGAUGGAAGAAAGCUUAUCUGUUUAGUAUUUGUGCAUUUUACUAAAAUGGCAGCUUAAAAAAAAAAGUUGUGUAUCUGCUAUUGUGAUGCCAAUGCCCGUGUUUUAAAGUGGAAAAAUGACCUCUUUGCUUUGUGCUGUGUACACAAGAUUUCUGGAAAAGUAAAGGAAUACCCUUUUUAUGGCUCACACAGCUUAAAAGUAGCUGUCACUCAAACAUGCGCUCACAGUUGAGCUGAUUUUGUUUCAUUCUAAAUAAAUUGUUUCUUUUGAGGAAAAUGUUUUUCUGCCUGGAAGUGAAUUGACGACAAACCUUUGACCCCUUUGUUUGCAGCUAAGGGGUACUUGCUGCUGCUGCUCAGUUGUUGAUCUGAUAGUUGUGGGUCUUGAGCAAGAAGCAGGGAGACCAUCACUUUCAUAUUGACCAGCCUGUUGUAUCAGAUCUGAAGAAUCUAGUUCAUUGUGUUGCUGUGGCACCUCCCUUUGAUUGCAAUGAAGGGGGUCAUUUGCUGCUAACUCCUCAUCUUUACGAGGAAACGGUGCUGAUGCGGGCAUGCAAGAAGCAGGGAAAACACCAUAAAAGCCUCAGAACGGUGUGCAAGUCUGGGGCUUC